CGCUCCUGCACAGUAGCUGUUCUUCCAGUUCUUUUGCAUAAUUUGCAGUACUCAAAUUGACGGCCAUGUCUUCUGAAGAAGGGAAGCUUUUCGUGGGAGGUCUCAACUUCAACACCGACGAACAGGCUCUUGAAGACCACUUCAGCAGCUUCGGUCCUAUUUCGGAGGUGGUUGUUGUCAAAGACCGGGAGACUCAGCGAUCCCGGGGUUUUGGUUUCAUCACCUUCACCAAUCCAGAGCAUGCCUCAGAUGCCAUGAGAGCCAUGAAUGGAGAGUCUCUGGAUGGUCGCCAGAUCCGUGUGGAUCACACGGGCAAGUCGGCCAGGGGAACUAGAGGGGGUGCCUUUGGGGCCCAUGGGCGUGGUCGCAGCUACUCUAGAGGUGGUGGGGACCAGGGCUAUGGGAGUGGCAGAUAUGACAGUCGACCUGGAGGAUAUGGGUAUGGAUAUGGGAGGACCAGAGACUAUGGUGGCAGAAGCCAGGGUGUUUAUGACCGCUACUCUGGAGGAAAUUACAGAGAGAGUUACGACAACUGAGAUGAGGCAUGUGCACCUAAUGUAGAUACACAAGGAAUAAAACUUCUGGUCCAGGAUCAUCCUUCCAAAUGGCUAUAUUUAUAAAGAUUUUUGGAGCUGCACUGACAUCUGUUGUAGUACAUCAACUUCUAUUUUUGAACUGAGCUCCCAAGGUAGCUUGUCACAAAGAACUUUUAGAAAGCUCCAUGUGUUUUUAAAAUUUUUUUCUCUUUUAAAUAAUAAUCCUGGGACUUUUGUAGAGUUUGGGUAUUUUUUUCCUUCUACCAAUUUUUCAGUUUGGGCUCUCAGGAUUACUGAUUAUGGCAAAAAAAUAAUGUUCAGACUGUUUUUU